AUGGAUCCGUUCGACGGGGCUGGAAUCCGACAGAGUAGACGGAAUGAGAAAGAAGACCGGAGUAAAGAGCCAGAGUCCGACCUCCCAAGGGAGCUGGAACCGAAUCUAAUCGUGGAAUCCGCGAUAAAUCUCACUUUCGUCAUCUUCGAUCAGAUCGACAACCUCGCCCCCCUCAUGACCAUCGAGUGGCCCAUCGUGGAAACCACAAUGAGCAUUCCUUACACCGAUCUCCCGUUGAGAACAGGCAUCAGAUUGACCGAGGGCACCGUGCACGGCUUGAACAACGUGAUUCGCCGAGGAGAAGCAACGAUAAGGAGAGAAGGAAGAACCUUCGUUGUUAAUUCUCGUCUCUUGCUUAAGUCCGCACAAUUCAAGUACACUCUGGAAAUGCAAACUCUGUUCCUGAAUUUCCGCGAGAAGUUGUUGACAAACCUGUUCGACGUCCUCGUUGAAUUAGAGGUCCGAGCGAACAUCGACUUCCCGUACGCGGCGAGCCUGGCGAUCUCAAAAUUGGAGAUCCUGAAUAUCGGCGAUAUGAAUUUUCACCUGGGAGUCGACGGGGCGGGCAUCUUCAGCAGAUUCUUGGAGACGGUGAUGACGUACGCACGCGCUCUCUUCCCGGGAUCCGUACAUGAAUUCCUGGAGCAGAUUGGGCAGGAUGCCCUCGAAAGGGGAACCGCGAAAGGAGUCCAGAUCCUAAAUGAAUCUUCCCGUUGAUCUUUCUGCACAGAUCAUCCCU